AUGCCCACGUUCACGAAGCACAUCUCGCUCGCUGACCUCACGGAAGUCGCCUCGCGUAUCGAUCCUGCCGCGGAAACGCCGAUCGUGCGGGCGACCGCAGAGGCACGCCUGAAAGAGUUUGAGACGAUCUGCUGCCCGCUGACGACGGAGAAGUGGAAGACGCGAUGGCAGGAGAUGUGCUUGCUCCCUGCGGAUGAUAUAGAGGACAAGGAGCCCUUGGAGAGGAGGGCAGAGGAGUGGCGGUCCAAGCCCGCUUUCAUGCGGGACGAGGUGACCGUUACGCGGUUAGAUGAAGCGGAGAGUAUUGUUGCUAUGGUGUCCGAUUGGCUCGAGCUUGAUGCUAUGGAUGGUUGGGUCCGCCAUGAUUCUGAAGUUGCACUGCUGCAAGAGCUCGCAUAUGCUUCCUACCUCAAUAUCCAGACCGCUAUUCUUCCGAUACCUCGGCACAGAUCACACAUUGCGUCCUAUGCUAGGGCCGUCAAUGCAUGUCUCAAUGCCAUCCCGUACAUUCAGCUCUCUGUCAGGAUACCAAUCUACGAUCCCAUGAUGCUGCAUCUCAGUCCUACUUCUGCGAAACCUACUGCGUCCAUAUCAUCACCUUCCGUGUUGUUCUCAGACGAGCCGUCAGUAGCAACAUGGGAGAUGUGGGACGCCAUCCGAACGGUCUGCGACUAUAACCCGCGGCUUACAUUGACGCUUGACCUCACGCCUCCUCUGCCCUCUGUCCUGAGUGUUCUUAGUCAAUGGUCCGCGGAACCCGUGCGCAACAUCUUUCUACCCGUCACCACUUUCAUUGCGAACGCAAAGGGCUAUCCCGUGCUGCCCAAAGUUACACAAUCAUUUAUUUGGGACAUGAUAAAGUUACAGCCUAAUAUCAUUCUUUCUGGAACUGGCGCAAGACCCCACAGAACGGCGGGCGAAGGCGUCUAUGCACAGUAUAUUCGGCACCUGGAGAAAACAAGCCCGUCCGUCCGCGCAGCACAGACGUCAGGUACCGUCGAGAAUUUCGCGCAGGGCUAUCAGGACUACCUACAGGCCCCUUUACAGCCGCUUAUGGACAACUUGCAAAGUGUCACGUAUCAGACAUUUGAGCAGGAUCCUGUCAAAUAUGCGCAGUACGAGGAGGCUGUCUAUACAGCUCUCAUGGAGUGGCCGCAGAUUGACAGAAUUAUCCUAUGUGUUGCUGGUGCAGGGCGCGGUCCCCUUGUGGCAAGAUGCCUAAACGCACUGAAGCGCGCCAAUCGAGCUGGCUUCAUAUAUGCCCUCGAAAAAAACCCAAAUGCAUACGUCACACUGCAACAUCGCAAGCAGACAGAAUGGGGCGAUGAUGUAGAGCUAGUGUUCGGUGACAUGCGGACGUCACAACUGCCUGAGAAGGUAGACAUUCUCGUCAGCGAGCUGUUGGGCUCGUUCGGCGACAACGAACUCAGUCCGGAAUGUCUCGACGGUGCCAUGCGCUUCCUGAAAGCUGACGGCGUGUCGAUACCUGCAUCAUAUACCGCGCAUAUUGCGCCCCUUUCGUCAUCAAGGCUUUUCAAUGAGACGCGCACGCUGAAGGAUAUCAAAGCAAGCGAGACGCCAUAUGUUGUGAUGUUCCACGCGGUCAACAUUCUCAGCGGCGAGGGCGGCGGUCUGAGUGGCAAUUGUGGGCCCAAAAUUCAGGAGUGUUGGGAAUUUGAGCACCCAAGAAGGGAUGCAGUGCUCGAUGAUCAAGGGCUUCCACCGACCAACACACACAAUGCAAGAUCUACCAAGCUGACGUUCCACAUACCCCAUGCCGGUAUGCUGCAUGGUCUGGCGGGCUACUUCGAGGCCGUCUUGUACGGCAACAUUGGGUUGAGCAUCCACCCCGAACGCAUGCAGCACAUCUCGAAGGACAUGCUGAGCUGGUUCCCGCUCUUCUUCCCGUUUCAUGAACCGCUCUACCUGCCGAGCAACUCAGAGCUGCACGUCUCGAUCUGGCGCCUGACGAACCAGCGGCAAGUCUGGUACGAAUGGUACGCCGAGGCGUUCCUGCCGGUUCCAGGGACGACGUCGGUGCGCGCGAGCUCGGAAGAGAGCCGAGCACAGGGCGACAAGCGUGAUUCGUGGCUGUCUGCGCGUUCGACGCCGCUCAUGUCCCCGAGCCCGGUGGCGGACGCGAUUGAUAUCCCGCCAAUAGCGAUAGAUACAGCGAUGGAGAGCGAAGGCGGCGCCAGUGGAAACGUCGGGCUGAUUAAAAUUGGGCAGACGACGCUGCACAACCCUCGCGGGCGAAGCAGCUGGAUAGGCUUGUGACGAGACCAGCAAAUACGCGCAAAGGAUAUGUAACGAAGGCCUGUACGUAAAUUGCGGAUUAGUACUCGCAUGAUCCCCCCC